AUGGCUGCAAUUGGAUCAAUCAAACACUUGGCUCGUAUGAUCGUACUUCUUUCUGUUGGCGGUACAAUUGUGUUAUUGGGAUAUUAUUCUGGAUUCCAACGGACCCUCAAAGCAGUGCCUAAGCACUCCGAUUUAACACUAGAUUACGAAAAAUAUAUAUUUGAAACAUUUCCUCAAGAAAGCGUAGAAAAUGUCGCAAAUUUUAGCCGACAUAGAGCAAAAUACAUUGUAUACGAGUGUUCCAAGGCCAGGGGAAUGCAUUGCAGUGGCUGGUCUGAUAGAAUAGCAGGGAUAAUGACUACUUAUAUCAUAUCUAUACUUACAAAACGGCAUUUUCUCAUUCACUUCGACACGCCGUGUUUUCUAACUGAUUAUAUCAUGCCAGCACACUUUGACUGGAGGUACAAUUCUUCUAUACUACAACAUAGAACUAGUUCUUUCCACUACUACAAGAAUUUGAACCAUAAAAAGAUAGCUAAAUAUAUGUUCCAAGGAGACGAUUUCGACACGUAUUUCAAACACGAUGUGAUAUUUAUCUUAAUGAACUGGGAUUUUAUAGCGGACUUCAGAAAAAGACCAAACAUAGGACAUGAUAUUCCAUGGAUUACACAGUAUCACCAAACUGAUAUUUACAAACAUCUGUAUAAUUAUCUCUUUAAACUUGCACCCGUGCCUGAUCGUGCAUUAAACCAUUUUAUCCGAACACAACGAAAGCGAAAGAAGAUAGCAUGUGCACAUAUCCGUCAUGGGCGAAAUCCUAACAUGCCGAAUGACUCAAUACGAAGUCAGCUGCCACUGCAGGUUUUGUGGAAUUUAUUUGACACUUUGGACAAAAAUGAGUAUGACUUAUUUGUAGCAUCUGAUACAAACAAUGUGAAGAUAUUUGCUAAAGAGCGAUACCCUGAAAACAUGAUAGACACACCUGGAGAAAUAACGCAUAUCGACCAGUCAGGUAUAAAUGACCAACGUGAAGGGUUUUUGAAGCAAAUAUUGGAUUUCCAUAUUUUGUCAAGAUGUGAUGUUCUCAUAAUUUCCGGAAAUGGUGGAUUUGGAAAGUUAGCCGCAUUCGUUCGGAACAUAGAUUAUGGACUUUACUGUUGGAAAGGAGAAAGCAUGAUACCUUGUUCUAGAUAUACGGUGACCGAUAUAUUUCCGUCUGGGAAAUUCGGUAAAAAGCCAAAGACCUUGAGGCAGUAG